AUGGAGCACCUCUUGCUAGAGGUGGCGGCCGUGCCCCUGCGGUUAAUCGCAGCCAAGAACGAGAAGAGCCGCAGCGAGCUGGGCAGGUUCUUGGCCAAGCCGGUGUGGACACCUCAAGAUCGCCAGUGUAUCCUCAGUACCUUAGCACAGUUACUCCUGGAUAAGGAUUGUACUGUUCUGGUUGGUCACCAGCUGCGCCCUCUCCUUCUGGAUUUGCUGGAAAGGAAUGCUGAAGCCAUUAAAGCUGGAGGCCAGGUUAACCAUGAUCUACAUGAAAGGCUCUGUGUGUCAAUGAGCAAACUCAUUGGUAACCAUCCUGAUGUCCUCCCGUUUGCCCUGAGAUAUUUCAAGGAUACUUCCCCAGUCUUUCAAAGACUCUUUCUAGAGAGUUCAGAUGCUAAUCCAGUCCGCUAUGGGCGCAGGCGGAUGAAGCUCCGGGACCUAAUGGAAGCAGCCUACAAGUUUUUGCAGCAAGAGCAGUCUGUGUUCCGGGAGCUCUGGGACUGGAGUGUGUGUGUUCCUCUCCUCAGAAGCCAUGAUACCUUGGUCCGCUGGUACACAGCCAAUUGUCUUGCAUUGGUCACCUGUAUGAAUGAAGAGCACAAAUUAUCAUUCCUUAAGAAGAUUUUUAAUAGUGAUGAAUUGAUCCAUUUCAGGUUGAGAUUAUUAGAAGAGGCCCAAUUGCAGGACUUGGAGAAGGCCUUGGUUUUGGCCAAUCCAGAAGCCUCCCUUUGGAGUAAGAAGGAACAGCAGUGCUUACAGGGACACCUUAUUUCAGCUGACCUCUCUUCCAGGGUGACAGCUGUCUGUGGUGUGGUGCUUCCCCGGCAGCCACCAGCCCUUGGUGAGCAGACUAGUAAUAGGAGUUCCUCGCGUGAACAUGAGCUGGCCCUUCGGUCUUAUGUGCUGGUGGAGUCUGUCUGCAAAAAUCUUCAGACCAUGGCUAUGGCAGUGGCUUCCCAGAAUGCUGUGUUGUUGGAAGGACCAAUAGGAUGUGGCAAAACUUCCUUAGUUGAAUAUUUAGCUGCAAUGACAGGUAGAAGGAAGCCUCCUCAGCUUCUCAAAGUCCAGCUUGGAGAUCAGACUGACAGUAAGAUGUUGUUGGGGAUGUAUCGCUGCACAGAUGUCCCUGGAGAGUUUGUGUGGCAGCCUGGCACCCUGACACAGGCAGCCACAAUGGGCCACUGGAUCCUUCUGGAGGAUAUUGACUAUGCCCCUUUAGACGUGGUUUCUGUACUGAUUCCUCUUUUGGAAAAUGGAGAGCUCUUGAUUCCUGGCCGAGGUGACUGCCUGAAAGUGGCUCCUGGAUUUCAGUUUUUUGCAACCAGGAGACUCUUGAGCUGUGGAGGAAAUUGGUAUCGACCGCUAAAUAGUCAUGCUACUUUGCUGAACAAAUAUUGGACCAAAAUACACCUGGAUAACUUGGAUAAGACAGAACUGAAUGAGGCUCUGGACUGUUUCACAGCAAUGCUUUCUGAGCGUACAAGCAAACUGAAAAUGGCAGAAGUUAUUGGAAGCAAAUUGAAUAUUUCUAAGAAAAAGACUGAAUUCUUCUGUCAACUUUAUAAACCAGAGAUUGUGAUCAAUGAACUAGAUGUGCAAGUGGGUCGCGUACGGCUUCUGCGGAAACAAAGUGAGGCUGUUCACAUACGGAAGGAGAAGUUCACUUUUGCUGCUACACGGCCAUCCUCUGUUCUCCUUGAGCAGCUUGCAGUGUGUGUCAGCAAAGGGGAGCCUGUGCUGCUGGUGGGGGAGACAGGGACCGGCAAAACCUCUGCUGUGCAGUACUUGGCCCACAUCACAGGCCACCGUUUGAGGGUUGUCAAUAUGAAUCAACAAAGUGACACCGCAGACUUGCUUGGAGGUUACAAACCAGUGGACCAUAAGCUUAUUUGGCUACCCUUACGGGAGGCAUUUGAAGAACUCUUUGCCCAGACAUUUUCCAAGAAACAAAACUUUACGUUCUUGGGGCACAUUCAGACCUGUUACAGGCAAAAACGCUGGCAUGAUCUCCUCAGACUAAUGCAACAUGUAUACAAGUCUGCUGUUAACAAGGAUGGAAAAGAGAGCGAAACUGGGUUGCUCAUAAAGGAGAAAUGGGAAGCAUUUGGUCUUAGACUCAACCAUGCCCAACAACAGAUGAAGAUGACUGAAAAUGUCCUAUUAUUUGCAUUUGUAGAGGGUACAUUAGCUCAGGCUGUAAAGAAAGGAGAGUGGAUCUUGUUGGAUGAGAUUAAUCUGGCUGCUCCAGAAAUAUUAGAAUGUCUGAGUGGUUUACUUGAAGGGUCCUCUGGAUCCCUGGUGUUACUGGAUCGAGGAGACACAGAGCCACUGGUUCGUCACCCUGACUUCCGUUUAUUUGCCUGCAUGAAUCCAGCAACUGAUGUAGGCAAAAGAAAUCUCCCACCAGGAAUAAGAAACAGGUUCACAGAACUUUAUGUAGAAGAACUGGAAACUAAAGAAGACUUACAAAUUCUUAUUGUGGAUUAUCUGAAAGGAUUGAGUGUGAACAAGAGCACAGUGCAAGGAAUCAUAAACUUCUAUAUAAAUUUACGGAAAGAGUCUGGGACUAAAUUGGUGGAUGGGACCGGCCACAGACCUCACUACAGCCUUCGGACUCUCUGCAGGGCCCUGCGAUUUGCAGCCUCCAAUCCGUGUGGCAGCAUCCAGCGUUCACUCUAUGAGGGCUUUUGUUUGGGUUUCUUAACACAGCUUGACAGGGCAUCACACCCAAUAGUUCAGAAGCUCAUUUGUCAGUACGUUGUCUCUGGCAAUGUCAAAAGUCUGCUGAAACAGCCUAUUCCAGAGCCAAAAGGAGGCCGGCUUAUCCAAGUUGAAGGCUACUGGAUUUCAGUGGGAGACAAAGAGCCUACAAUAGAUGAGACAUACAUUCUGACAUCUUCCGUUAAGCUGAACCUGAGAGAUAUAGUCCGAGUGGUCUCUGCAGGAACCUAUCCAGUGCUAAUUCAGGGAGAGACAUCAGUUGGUAAAACAAGCCUGAUCCGGUGGCUGGCCGCAGCUACUGGCAACCACUGUGUGCGUAUUAAUAACCAUGAACACACAGAUAUUCAGGAAUACAUUGGUUGCUACACAUCUAACUCCUCGGGAAAGCUUGUAUUUAAAGAAGGUGUUCUGAUUGACGCCAUGCGAAAAGGCUAUUGGAUUAUUUUAGAUGAAUUAAAUUUGGCCCCCACUGAUGUUUUAGAGGCACUGAACAGGCUGUUGGAUGAUAACCGUGAAUUGCUCAUAACGGAAACACAAGAAGUUGUGAAAGCACACCCCCGCUUCAUGCUUUUUGCCACCCAAAAUCCCCCAGGACUUUAUGGAGGCAGAAAGUUGCUUUCUAGAGCCUUCAGGAAUCGGUUUGUGGAAUUGCACUUUGAUGAAUUGCCUAGUUCUGAGUUGGAAACAAUCUUGCACAAGCGGUGUAGUUUGCCACCCUCCUAUUGCAGCAAGUUGGUUAAAGUGAUGUUGGACCUUCAGUCUUAUCGCAGAAGUUCUUCAGUGUUUGCUGGAAAGCAGGGCUUUAUCACCCUUCGUGAUCUGUUUCGAUGGGCUGAAAGAUACAGAUUGGCCGAGCAGACCGAAAAGGAAUAUGACUGGCUACAGCAUUUAGCCAAUGACGGUUUUAUGCUCCUGGCAGGUCGAGUCAGGAAACAAGAGGAGGUUGAUGUGAUACAAGAAGUCCUUGAGAAACAUUUCAAGAAAAAAUUGUGUCCUCAGUCUCUUUUCUCCAAAGAAAAUGUCCUAAAAUUGCUGGGUAAAUUGUCUACUGAGAUAUCCACACUAGAGUCUAAAUUCACCCACAUCGUGUGGACGGAGAGCAUGCGGAGACUGGCAGUGCUUGUGGGAAGGGCGUUGGAAUUUGGUGAACCAGUGCUGCUGGUUGGAGACACUGGGUGUGGGAAAACUACUGUCUGUCAGUUGUUUGCAGCCUUGGCAAAUCAGAAAUUAUACUCAGUCAACUGCCACUUACACAUGGAGACAUCAGACUUCCUGGGUGGGCUGCGGCCAGUGAGACAGAAGCCAAAGGACAAGGAAGAAAUGGACACAUCAAGGCUUUUUGAAUGGCAUGAUGGGCCUCUUGUUCUGGCCAUGAAGGAGGAUGGCUUUUUCCUCUUGGAUGAGAUCUCACUGGCUGAUGACUCUGUCCUUGAAAGACUCAACAGGUACAUGCCUGAGAGGUUUGCCCUGUGUUUGAUGUUAUCGUUGCUGUCUCCUGCCUUAAGAAACCGGUUUACAGAAAUAUGGUGCCCUCAAAGUACAAGCCGUGAAGAUUUAAUUCAGAUAAUCAAUCAUAAUCUUCGUCCAGGAUUGUCUCUGGGCAGAGUAGAUCAUAAAGGGGCUGACAUAGCUGAGAUGAUGCUGGAUUUCAUUGAUUGGCUGACUCAACAGGAGUUUGGCCGACGGUGUGUGGUCAGUAUCAGGGAUAUCCUGUCCUGGGUUAACUUCAUGAACACGAUGGGGGAGGAAGUUGCUUUGAAAAGGCCAGAGACCAUCUCCACUGUGACAUCUUUUGUCCAUGCCGCAUGCCUGGUUUACAUCGAUGGAAUAGGUUCAGGGGUAACUUCUUCUGGGUUUGGUACAGCCCUCUUGGCUCGAAAAGAAUGUCUGAAAUUCCUAAUCAAGAAACUUGCCAAGGUAGUCCGACUUACAGAAUGUCAGAAAAAGGAAUUGAAGAUUUAUGACAGAUUCAAGGCCAAAGAACUCACUGGGAUAGAUAACCUUUGGGGAAUUCACCCAUUUUUUAUACCAAGGGGACCUGUCCUGCAUAGGAAUAAUAUUGCUGACUAUGCACUCAGUGCAGGGACCACAGCCAUGAAUGCCCAGAGGCUCCUAAGAGCUACAAAACUGAACAAACCCAUUCUGCUGGAAGGCUCUCCUGGUGUUGGCAAGACAAGUUUGGUGGGAGCAUUAGCAAAGGCUUCAGGAAAUACCCUUGUUCGAAUCAACUUGUCAGAGCAGACGGACAUCACAGACCUGUUUGGAGCAGACCUACCUGUAGAAGGUGGCAAGGGAGGAGAAUUUGCCUGGCGUGAUGGUCCUCUUCUGGCAGCUUUGAAGGCAGGCCAUUGGGUUGUGUUGGAUGAGCUUAACCUGGCUUCUCAGUCCGUAUUGGAAGGACUCAAUGCUUGUUUUGACCACCGAGGAGAAAUCUACGUGCCUGAGUUAGGAAUGAGCUUUCAGGUGCAGCAUGAAAAGACGAAGAUCUUUGGGUGUCAGAAUCCUUUUAGACAAGGAGGCGGGAGGAAGGGCUUGCCAAGGUCUUUCCUUAACAGAUUCACUCAGGUCUUUGUGGAUCCCCUUACAGUAAUUGACAUGGAGUUUAUUGCUAGUACUUUGUUCCCAGCCAUUGACAAAAAUAUUGUUAAGAAAAUGGUUGCUUUCAAUAACCAAAUUGAUCACGAAGUGACUGUCGAGAAGAAGUGGGGGCAAAAAGGAGGACCCUGGGAAUUCAACCUCCGGGACCUUUUCCGCUGGUGUCAGUUGAUGCUGGUUGACCAGUCACCUGGGUGUUAUGACCCUGGUCAGCAUGUGUUUUUGGUCUACGGUGAACGGAUGAGAACCAGGGAAGACAAAGAAAAGGUCAUUGCUGUAUUCAAGGAUGUGUUUGGUUCAAAUUCUAACCCAUAUAUGGGAACCAGACUGUUUCAUAUCACUCCCUAUAAUGUUCAGCUGGGCUACUCAGUCCUUUCCCGUGGCGGCUACGUUCCUCACCCGUCCCGCCGACCCCUAUUGCUCCUGCACCAGUCUUUCCAGUCUUUGGAGUCAAUCAUGAAGUGUGUGCAGAUGAGCUGGAUGGUCAUCCUCGUGGGGCCAGCCUCUGUGGGCAAGACCAGCCUUGUCCAGCUUCUGGCACACCUUACAGGCCACACAUUAAAGAUCAUGGCUAUGAACAGUGCAAUGGAUACUACUGAGCUUCUGGGUGGAUUUGAGCAGGUUGAUCUUAUACGACCUUGGAGGCAGAUGCUAGAGAAGGUGGAGUGUACUGUAAAGACACUGUUAAGGGACAGCCUCCUUGUCAAUGCUGAUGAUGCAGAAGUAGUACUGCGAGCCUGGAGUCAUUUUCUUCUGACAUAUAAGCCCAAGUGUCUUGGAGAAGGUGGUAAAGGUAUCACGAUGGAGAUUGUCAAUAAGCUGGAAGCAGUAUUGUUACUUAUGCAGCGACUCAACAGCAAAAUCAACUCAUACUCUAAGGCAGAGUUUGCCAAACUCGUGGAAGAGUUCCGAAGCUUUGGAGUUAAGCUUAUGCAGUCAUCCAGUGGCCUCAGCCACGGCACAUUUGAGUGGGUCGACAGCAUGUUGGUUCAGGCCCUGAGGUCUGGAGACUGGCUUCUGAUGGACAAUGUUAACUUCUGCAACCCGUCAGUGCUGGAUCGCUUGAAUGCUUUGCUUGAACCUGGAGGCGUCCUUACUGUUAGUGAGAGAGGAAUGAUAGAUGGAUCCACCCCCACAAUAACACCAAGUCCCAAUUUCAGGCUUUUUCUCUCAAUGGAUCCUGUUCAUGGAGAAAUAUCCCGGGCUAUGAGAAAUCGUGGACUUGAAAUCUACAUUUCAGGAGAAGGUGAUGAGAGCUUCCUAGACAACCUGGAUUUGAAAGUUCUGCUGCACAGCCUUGGUUUAGUGGGAGACAGUGUGUGUGACAUCCUCUUGGCUCUACAUACAGAGAUUCGGAAUACUAUUGCAGGUUCUCCGACAUCUUCAGUGUCAACUCUGAUUCACACAGCUGUGCUCAUUGUCCAGUACCUGCAGCGAGGGCUGAGUUUAGACAGAGCCUUUUCCGAAGCAUGUUGGGAAGGAUAUGUCCGCUCCCAGCAUUCACCAGCAAACCGGAAGCUUGCGCAGGCUUUGCUGGAGAAACAUAUUUCUACUCUGCGAGCACGUGAAACCUGGGGGGACUCCAUUCUUGCCAUGGGACUGUGGCCAGAUUCUGUGCCCUCAGCUCUCUUUGCUACUGAAGAUUCUCACCUCUCUGUAGUCCGAAUCGAUGGACAGAUCUUAGCAUAUUGCCUCAAUAGGAUGAGCAUGAAAACCAGAAGCUGGGCAAGGAGUCAGCCUCUUACUUGGCAAGACUUAGGGAAAAUUAUGCAGUCUUCCAGCCCUGAGAACCUGAAAUUCAGUGCAGUCGAAGUGGAUACUUAUUGGAUCGAUGAACCGGAUGUGCUGGCCAUGGCUGUGAAAUUGCUCACAGAAAGAGCAACUAAUCAAGAUUGGAUGCUCAGAGUUAAAUGGCUUUAUCAUUUAGCCAAGAACAUACCACAGGGGCUUGAGGCAAUACAAAUUCAUUUGGAAGCCAGUGCUGCAUCUCUGAGGAAGUUUUACUCAAGUUCUCUCUCAGUUGGGGUCAGUAAUGUUAUCAAAAUAUUACAGCCAAAUAUAACAGAUGAAUUUGUGAUCCCUUUGGACCCCCGAUGGAAUAUGCAGGCCCUGGACAUCGUUAGAAAUUCAAUGGACUUCGACCCACAAAUGGACCAUCCCGAGCAGCUCUUAGCUCUUGUAGAAUCAGUCACAAACAAGACAAUCAUAUAUCUUGACCGGGAAAAACGGAUUUUUACUGAAGCAAAUUUGGUUUCUGUUGGUGGCAAGCUAAGAAACAGUGUUUUGAGAAUGUCCUUGGAAUUCCAUAAAGAUCCAGAGAUCUAUCACAGCCUGCCCCACGAAAUUGUGGUCAAUCUUGCUGCUUUUUUUGAACUUUGUGAUGCACUAAUCCUGCGCUGGGUACAGUCCUCCCAGGGGACAGUGUCUGAUGCCAUUGUGAAUGAGAUCUUAGGUUCUGUGCAGUGGCGGGACCGGUUUUGGACUGUGGCCGAUACGGUAAAAGUGGAUGCUCCAGGUCUGGCCUUGCUUGCCCUCCAUUGGCACUGGGUUUUAAAACAUUUGAUCCAUCAGAUCCCCCAACUCCUGAUGAAUCAUGAAGACAAAUAUUACAAAGAGGUUCAGACCGUGUCAGAACAUAUUCAGAAUUGUUUGGGGAGCCCGACUGGUGGCUUCACUGGUAUAAAGAAGUUGCAGAAGUUCCUGGGACGACCAUUUCCUUUUAAGGACAAGCUGGUGGUGGAUUGCUUUUCACAAUUGAAGGUCCUUAACAAAGCCCUGGCCGUCAGGGAGUGGGUGCCUGCUAUUGGGGAGAGUGGAUGGCAGGAAGAUAUCAGUCGUCUCCAAGUGGCUGCUUCUGAAUGGACAUUAAAGAAAAGUCUCCUACAGGCCUGGGGAUUGAUCUGCAGAGCUAAUAUUCUGGAAGAUGUCAAACUAGAUGAAUUAAAGAAUCUUGUCCAUGCUCAGUGUUUAGAACUGAAAGCCAAAGGACUUUCACUUGGUUUUCUGGAGAAAAAGCAUGGUGAAGCUUCCUCCCCGUCCCAGCCAGAGUUUACCUCCUUAAUCCGACUUACCAGGCGUGUUCAGUUGUGGCCUGCAAUGGAGUAUCUGGCCAUCCUUUGGCAGUACAAAGUGACGGCUGAUUUUAUGACAGAGGCUUGUCUGAGAAGAUCCAGCAAAAAUCAACAACCCCAGAUAAAUGAGGAGCUAAGUCAUCAUGUCACAUUUUGUCUUAAGCACACACCAGUUGGUCCUCAAGAUCUUCGGGACCUUUGGUUCUUGCUGCAUCAUCAAAAGGUAUCUACUGAAGAAAUUGUUUCUUCAUGGUCCGAGCUGUUUAAUUCCAUGUUUAUGUCUUUCUGGAGCAGUACUGUGACCACAAAUCCAGAGUACUGGCUAACUUGGUACCCUCUGCCUGAUAUGCAGCAGAGGGAGAUGCCCAAGUCUCUUUUGGACUCUACGUUGAAGGGCCCUAGCAGUCUCACUAGACCUGUAUUCUCCAAGUGCUGCUUUGAAGUCUUGACCAGCAGCUGCAGAGCAAGUCCCUGGGAUGUGAGUGGCCUCCCCAUCCUGUCCUCCUCCCAUGUCACCCUGGGAGAAUGGGUUGAGAGAGCCCAGCAGCUCCAGGACAUCAGCUCGGUGCUUUGGACCAACAUGGCUGUCCCUUCAGUAGCCGAGUUCAGGCGCACGGAUUCCCGGCUCCAGGGACUGGUACUGUAUCGGCACCUGAGAGGCCUAACAGAGCUGCUCCCAGAGCCACGGCAGCAGGAGUAUAUGCAGAACUGUGAGCAGCUGCUGCUUGGCAACAGCCAGGCCUUCCAGUACAUGGGCCAGGCUCUUAAGGACGUGGCCGAUCAGGAAGUGCUACCCAAGGAACUGCUUUGCCUCUUGCUCACCUCCCUGCGCCACUUUUUUGGGGAAGUGGAGAGUAAGAGGAAGCUGCCUGAGCCAGCCCAGCGUGGGAGCCUCUGGGUGAGCCUUGGCUUGCUCCAGAUUCGGACAUGGCUCCCCCACGCAUGUUUCGACCCUGCCGUGAAAAGGGAAUACAAGCUCAAGUAUGCCAAGGAAGAGUUACACCAACUGCAAUGUGAGUGGAAGACCCGGAACCUGUUUUCCCAGCUACAAACUGGAAGAGAUCUGGAAGAUGAAGUCAUUGUCAGUUACUCUCAUCCUCAUGUCAGGUCGCUUCGCCAAAGGAUCAGUCAGCUGGAGAAUUUAAUCUGCAGCCUGUUGAAGAAGCAGGCCUUCAGACCCCAGCUGCCUGCCUACGAGUCCCUGGUGCAGGAGAUCCAUCACUACGUCACCAGCAUUGCCAAGGCCCCUGCUAUUCAGGAUCUGCUCUCGCGGCUCCUGCAGGCCCUCCAUAUGGAUGGGCCUCUGUCUGCCCAAGUAGCCCAGAGCCUUCUGAAGGAGGAGGCCUCUUGGCAGCAGUCACACCACCAGUUCAGGAAGCGACUGGCAGAGGAAUAUGCCCUGUAUCCAGACCUGGUGACCCCACUGCAGGCAUCCAUUUUGCAGUUGCAACACGGCAUGAGGCUGGUGGCCUCUGAGGUCCAUGCCUCCCUCCACAGCAGUAUGGUCUCUGCAGACAAGCUGGGGACCCUGGCCACAGCCUUGCUGGCUUUCCCAUCAUUGGGCCCCGCCUUCCCCACCUACUUUGCUCACGCCGACGCUUUAUGCUCAGUGAAGUCGGAGGAGCUUCUGCGAGGCCUUGGGAAGCUAAUCCUCAAGCUAUCAGGAGGAGAGGAGCUGGAAGGCAAGGGUCAGAGACCCUGCCCCACCCGGGAGCAGCUGCUGCUGAACGCCCUCCUUUACCUGCGCUCCCACGUGCUGUGCAAGGGAGAGCUGGACCAGAGGGCUCUGCAGCUCUUCAGACAUGUGUGUCAGGAAAUCAUCAAUGAGUGGGACGAGCAGGAACGCAUAGCCCGAGAGAAGGCUGAGCAGGAAAGCAGCCUGUACCAAUAUAGGAGCAGGAACUCCAGGACAACCCUGAGUGAGGAGGAGGAAGAAUGGGAAUUCAGAAAACAGUUCCCACUGCACGAAAAGGACUUUGCAGAUAUUUUGGUACAGCCAACACUGGAGGAGAAUAAAGGAACUUCAGAUGGACAAGAAGAGAAAAAAGCAGCCACCAACCCAGAGCUCCUCUCCCAGAGUUCAAUGCAAACAGUGAUGCUGAUACACCAGCAGUUGUGCCUCAACUUUGCUCGAUCCCUCUGGUACCAGCAGACUCUGCCACCACAUGAAGCAAAGCAUUACCUCAGCCUGUUUUUGUCUUGCUAUCAGACCGGGGCAUCUCUUGUGACACACUUCUACCCCUUCAUGGGAGUUGAGCUGAAUGAUCAACUCCUGGGCAGCCAGCUUUUGUCUUGUACCCUCUCCCAUAACACUCUCUUUGGGGAGGCUACCUCAGACCUGAUGGUGAAGCCUGAUGGGCCCUAUGACUUCUACCAGCACCCCAAUGUUCCAGAAGCACAACAGUGUCAGCCCGUCCUUCAGGGUUUCUCAGAGGCUGUCAGUGAGUUGCUGCAGGAUUGGCCAGACCACCCAGCACUUAAGCAGCUACUGGUCGUAAUGGACAGAAUUCGUAGCUUCCCACUUUCCAGUCCCAUCUCAAAGUUCCUGAAUGGCUUAGAGAUCCUUCUGGCAAAAGCACAGGAUUGGGAGGAGAAUGCAAGCCGAACUUUGUCUCUGCGGAAACAUCUCGAUUUGGUCAGUCAGUUGAUCAUUCGGUGGCGAAAACUGGAGCUGAACUGCUGGUCCAUGAGUUUGGAUAAUACCAUGAAGCGCCACACUGAGAAAUCCACCAAGUACUGGUUCUCCAUCUAUCAGAUGCUUGAGAAGCACAUGCAGGAACAAACAGAGGAGCAGGAAGAUGACGAACAGAUGUCCUUGAUGCUGGUGAUCAAUACGUUACAAGCAUUUAUUGAAGGAUCCUCGCUGGGAGAAUUCCAUGUGCGACUUAAAAUGUUACUGGUUUUCCACUGUCAUGUCUUGCUGAUGCCACAAGUUGAAGGAAAGGAUUCACUUUGCAGUGUUCUAUGGAAUUUGUACCAUUAUUACAAGCAGUUCUUUGACCGGGUCCAGGCCAAAAUUGUGGAACUUCGUUCCCCCCUAGAAAAAGAACUUAAAGAAUUUGUUGAGAUAUCCAAGUGGAAUGAUGUCAGCUUCUGGUCCAUUAAACAAUCUGUGGAAAAGACACACAGGACCCUCUUUAAAUUCAUGAAGAAAUUUGAAGCCGUCCUGAGUGAACCCUGCCAGUCAUCCCUGGUGGAGAGUGACGAGGAGGAACAGCUCGACUUUUUGCCCAGGCCUACAGAGACAGCUUUGAGUGAGGCAUCUCCCAUUCAGAGUCUAAACAAGACACUGAGAGAGACCCUGUUAGCCCAGCCAGCAGCUGAACAGGUCAUGAUUCCAGAACAGUAUCAGGGUGCUGCUCCUUUCUCCUUGGAAGGAGAGCUUGUAUGUCGCUUGCCGAAGCUCAUGAAACGAAUGAGGAAGAUAUGCGUGACAUUUAUGAAGGAGAGUGCUCUGCCUCACCUAGUGGAGGGCCUCGAUCAGUUCACUGGUGAAGUGAUAUGCUCUGUGAGUGAGCUGCAGAGUUUAAGGGUAGACCCUUCUGCAGAGAAGGAGAAGCAGCGGUCAGAAUCCAAGCACAUUCUCAUGCAAAAGCAGCGUGCUUUGUCAGACCUCUUUAAACACCUUGCAGAAACUGGUUUGUCAUAUCGUAAAGGUCUUGCCUGGGCCCGUUCAAAAAAUCCUGAAGAGCUGCUUCAUCUUCACCCAUUAGAUCUCCGGAGCGCAUUGUCCAUAGUCAGCAGCACACAGGAGGCUGAUUCUAGGCUGCUUACAGAAAUCUCAUCUUCGUGGGAUGGGUGCCAGAAGUAUUUUUAUCGCUCCCUUGCACGGCAUGCCAGGCUUAACGCAGCCCUAGCAACUCCUGCCAAGGAGAUGGGCAUGGGCAACAUUGAGCGGUGUAAAGGGUUCUCAGCACAUUUGAUGAAGAUGCUCACCCGACAGCGGCGCUCCCUGACCAUGCUGACUGAGCAGUGGAUCAUCCUCAGGAACCUCCUCAGCUGUGUGCAGGAGAUUCACAGCAGGCUGACAGGGCCCCAGGCCUACCCCGUGGCCUUCCCCCCUCAGGAUGGCGUGCAGCAGUGGACAGAGCGGCUGCAGCACCUGGCCAUGCAGAGCCAGAUCCUGCUUGAGCAGCUCUCCUGGCUCCUACAGUGCUGCCCUGGUGUGGAGAGAGCUCCAGGCGACACUGGUGCCCAGGCACAGGUUCAGCCUUCUCCUCUCCACCUGGAAGAACAAGAACUCAACAAGGAACAGCCUCCCGGAGCAGUGCCGGACCUAAUUCCCUCCUAUCUGAGCUACCCAUCUCCAGUACCUAGAAGUCAGCUGCCAUCUGGUUGCCGAAUGCGGAAACAGGACCAGCUUUGGCAACAGUCAACUAUGAGAUUAACAGAGAUUCUGAAAAACAUUAAAAUGGUGAAAGCAGACAUUGACAAAAUUAGGCAGCAGUCUUGUGAGACUCUCUUUCAUUCUUGGAAAGAUUUUGAAGUUUGUUCCUCUGCGCUGAGUUGCCUGUCCCAGGUGUCAGUUCAUUUGCAAGGCCUAGAGUCCUUGUUCAUGCUUCCCAGGAUGGAGGUUGAGGAAAGAGACCCACAAAUAGCAUUAGUUGAAAGCUUGGAAUAUGUAAGAGGAGAAAUCGAUAAAGCCAUUAGUGACUUUACUGCCUGGAAGACACAUCUGUUUACUUCAGACAGCCAAGGAGGAAACCAAAUGUCGGAUGAAAGAUUUGUGGAAGAUUUUUCAGAGCAAAUGGAAACUGCCAUCCGAGCCAUCCUCUGUGCAAUCCAGAACUUAGCAGAAAGAAACAGUAAAAAAGCAGAGGAGAAUACUGACCAAGCAAGACCACAAAAAGAGGAUGCAGGCUUUGCAAAACUACAAUCAGGACAUCUUACAAAACUCUUAGAGGAUGACUUCUGGGCCGAUGUGAGCACUUUGCAUGUGCAGAAAAUAAUUUCUGCCAUUUCUGAGCUGUUGGAGAGGCUGAAAUCGUAUGGUGAGGAUGGCACAGCAGCAAAGCACACGUUCUUCAGCCAAUCCUGCUGCUUGCUGGUGCGCCUGGUGCCCAUGCUCUCCAGCUACUCAGAUCUCAUCCUCUUCUUCCUGACCAUGUCUUUGGCAACUCACCGUAGCACUGCGAAGCUGCUCUCUGUGCUUGCCCAGGUCUUUACGGAGCUCGCCCAGAAGGGAUUCUGCUUGCCCAAAGAAUUCAUGGAAGAUUCAGCAGGAGAGGGAGCAACUGAGUUCCAUGACUAUGAGGGAGGUGGAAUUGGAGAAGGCGAGGGCAUGAGGGAUGUGAGUGACCAGAUAGAAAAUGAAGAACAGGUGGAAGACACAUUUCAGAAGGGUCAGGAAAAAGACAAAGAGGAUCCUGACUCAAAAUCGGAUAUUAAGGGAGAAGAUAAUGCCAUCGAGAUGUCAGAAGACUUUGAUGGGAAAAUGCAUGAUGGGGAGCUUGAAGAACAAGAACAGGAUGAUGAGAAAUCAGAUAGUGAGGGCGGAGACCUGGAUAAACAGAUGGGCGAUCUCAAUGGUGAGGAAGCUGACAAACUAGAUGAGAGGCUUUGGGGUGAUGACGAGGAGGAAGAUGAGGAGGAAGAAGACAGUAAAACUGAAGAAACAGGACCAGGAAUGGAUGAGGAAGAUUCUGAACUUGUUGCUAAAGAUGACAACUUGGAUGCUAGGAAUUCGAAUAAAGAUAAAAACCAGCAAGAUAAGAAGGAACAAAAGGAAGAAGCAGAAGCUGAUGAUGGUGGACAAGGCCCAGACAAAAUUAAUGAACAAAUAGAUGAGAGUGAAUAUGAUGAGAAUGAGGUGGACCCUUACCAUGGCAAUCAGGAAAAGCUGCCAGAACCUGAGGCCUUGGACCUUCCAGAUGAUUUGAACCUUGAUAGUGAAGAUAAGAAUGGUGGUGAGGACACAGACAAUGAAGAAGGAGAAGAGGAAAAUCCUUUGGAGAUAAAAGAAAAACCGAUGGAUUCAAAAGAAGCAGGUCAUGAAGCUGAGGAAAGAAACGAAGAGACUGAGGCUGACCAGAGUGAAGGUCAAGGUCCACAUGAGCCUGAGGAAGGCCCCGGUGAAAAUGACAAGAUGGAAGGGGAGGAGGAGGAGAUGGACACAGGAGCUGACAACCAAGACACAGACACUGCUGAACUUCCUGAAGAAAACUCAGAGGAGCAGCAGCAGUCUCUGGAGGAAGAGGACAGGGGAGCUGAUGAGGAAGGUGGAGAGAGUGAUGUCCCCGUUGAGCAAGGUUUCCAGCCCCAGAAGCAGGACGAAGGGGAAGGCUCUGACACAGAGGAGCAGGUGCCAGAGGCUACAGAGAGGAAGGAGCAUGCCUCCUGUGGGCAGACCGGAGUGGACAAUGUGCAGAGCACGCAGGCCGUGGAGCUGGCUGGGGUUGCACCCGAGAAGGAGGAGGGGAAAGAGGAACAUGGGAGUGGAGCUGCAGAUGCAAACCAGGCAGAAGGCCAUGAAUCCAACUUCAUCGCCCGGUUGGCCUCCCAGAAACACACCAGGAAAAAUACACAGAGUUUUAAGAGGAAACCUGGAGAGGCUGACAAUGAACGCUCCAUGGGUGAUCACAAUGAGCAUGUACACAAAAGGCUGAGGACUGUGGAUGCGGACAGCCAUGCGGAGCAGAGCCCGGCCCAGCCCCAGGCCCAGGUGGAGGACGCAGAUGAAUUUGAGCACAUUAAACAAGGCAGUGACACAUACGAUGCACAGACCUAUGACGUGGCCAGCAAGGAGCAGCAACAGUCUGCAAAAGAUGCUGGCAAGGAUCAGGAAGAGGAGGGGAUAGAGGAAAUCCUCAUGGACACAGAGGAGCAGGAGGAGUUCAAAGCAGCAGACACGGAGCAGCUGAAGCCAGAGGAGGUCAAGUCGGGCACCACAGCAGCCUUCAGCUCUGAUGAGAUGGAGACUCAAACUGUCGAAACAGAGAAAGACCAAGACCCCAGAACAGACAAAUCCCACACGGAGACAGAGAAUGAGAAACCAGAGAGAAGCCAAGAUUCAACCAUUCAUACAGCCCAUCAGUUCCUCAUGGACACCAUUUUCCCGCCCUUUUUAAAAGAUGUCAGUGAGCUAAGACAGGAGCUGGAGAGACAGCUGGAAACGUGGCAGCCACAUGAAUCUGGAAACCCAGAAGAAGAGAAGGCUGCAGCUGAGAUGUGGCAGAGUUACCUGGUCUUAACUGCGCCUCUUUCACAGCAGUUGUGUGAACAGCUUCGUCUCAUAUUAGAGCCUACCCAGGCAGCCAAGCUGAAGGGAGACUAUCGAACAGGGAAGCGACUAAACAUGCGGAAGGUCAUUCCAUACAUUGCUAGUCAAUUUCGGAAAGACAAGAUUUGGCUUCGAAGGACUAAGCCCAGUAAACGCCAGUAUCAGAUAUGUUUGGCUAUCGAUGACUCUUCUAGUAUGGUAGACAACCACACCAAGCAGCUUGCAUUUGAAUCUUUGGCUGUGAUUGGAAAUGCACUAACCCUCCUGGAAGCAGGUCAGAUUGCAGUGUGCAGUUUUGGAGAAUCUGUAAAGCUGUUACACCCAUUCCAUGAGCAGUUCAGUGAUUACUCCGGGUCCCAGAUUCUACGGCUCUGCACAUUCCAACAAAAGAAAACCAAGAUUGCUCAGUUUCUAGAGUCUGUCGCCAACAUGUUUGUUGCUGCUCAGCAGCUCUCACAAAACAUCAGUCCAGAAACUGCACAACUCCUCCUGAUAGUCUCCGAUGGACGAGGCCUUUUCCUUGAGGGCAAAGAAAGAGUCCUGGCAGCAGUUCAGGCUGCCCAGAAUGCUAACAUCUUUGUAAUUUUUGUCGUGUUGGACAAUCCCAGUUCACGGGAUUCUAUCUUGGACAUUAAAGUACCAAUAUUUAAAGGACCUGGAGAGAUGCCUGAAAUCCGAUCCUACAUGGAGGAGUUCCCAUUCCCCUUCUAUAUCAUUCUUCGAGAUGUGAAUGCGCUUCCUGAGACACUCAGCGAUGCCCUCAGACAGUGGUUUGAGUUAGUGACAGCUUCUGACCACCCGUAGGACAGAAAGAGCAAUCCAAAGUGACUUUCUUUAAACUAUGGUCAGAAUGUCAUACGCCCCUGUGCUCCCUUUUGGACAACUGUUUCUGAACUUACAGCUCUAAAAUAUAAUUAUCUUUACUUAGAUCUGAUUUAUAAAGUCAUCUAAUAGGUACAAAACGUUUAUUGUAUGUAUUUAUCUUACAACAUGAUGUCAGAGCCUAGAGAAAGCUCUCAGGCUCCCUGCUUUGCCUUGGCUAAGGUUUUAUAACAAACUUGGGGCAGCGAAGGAGCAGUAGCAGCAGUGUCUGAACUGAGGAAGAGCUCUCUUCCUCCCUGUCUUGGAAGCCCUGGCCCAAGAGGGGGACUUGGACACCUGUACCUUGAGAAGAUGCUGCCAGGAACAUGGGACUGUUCCAGGCCUUUGGACAAAGGAAAAAAGGAAACUGCCCUUUUGUCCCUGCUUUAAGCUCUGCCUUGCCAAGGGUGUACCCAAAAGCUGUCAAGUAGCUGAGACAGCUGUAGUUUUCUGGAGAGUCAGAAGAUGUGUUUUCUUAGUGCUUAUUAUGAAAGGAACUACCUUUUCUUGGAAGGUAGAAAGUGUGUGGGGGCUGUGUUCUCAUAAAGCAAGUGGACAUUAUGGGAGCCCAAGUAAUCUGCAAAAAUGAUCCUUGGGCUGUGUAAAAACGAAGUGGCUUUUCAGUGUCCUCUUUCAUGUUUGCUGCUUCGGGAGACUAUGCAAUGAUGAAAAGAUGAUUUUCCCUUUAUUUCAUUCAGUGCCAUAGUUCCUGGUGUUGUAGUAAUUUAUUCCUUUGGUUCAUUUUUUUUUUCCUUAACAGUUAAGGGGAAGAAACAUUCCUCACACUGCUUUCCAGCUGGACUGAGCCAGUCUCAUUCUGGAAAAGAAAUGCUGUGUCCAGAUCUAAGUGGCUACAUCUUAUUUUUUCUAGUCAGUAAUACAUCAAAGGUUUUUAAGCAAUUUUUCCUUGGCCACAAAGCAGUGCUUGAAUACUUGAAACUGUGUGCUGUGUUCUACUUAAUGUUCUUUUGUAGGCAACAUGCUUACAUGCCAUGAUGUAACCAUCUUUCCCACGUCUGUUUUCAAGUUACACUGUGAAGUUUGCCACCCUUUUGAGGUGGUCAUCAAAGACACAGAUUGCUCGUUUAACCAAGUGUCCUAAAGCAUGUACUUGAAGUUACAUCAUUUUUUAUUCUGAAAAGCUAUGCAGCUUAUAUCUAAAAAUUAUUAAAACAUAUACCACUGUU